AUGGUUGGAGCAGCGAUUAUUGUAGCAUAUUAUGCUGCAUGGUCAAUUUAUUCUCGAUCAUAUUUUAUUAGUGAUAUUCCAGGAGAUAAAAUUACUCAUAUUAAUUAUGCUUUUGCUAAUAUUGAUUCCGAUGGACGAAUUAUUUUAGGUGAUUCAUGGGCUGAUGUUGAAAAAGCUUAUUUAGGUGAUACAUGGGAACAAUCAUUACGUGGAAAUUUUAAUCAAUUACUUAAACUUAAACAAAAAUAUCCACAUAUUCGAACAUCAAUAUCUAUUGGUGGAUGGACAUGGUCUGGUAAAUUCUCUGAUAUAGCUGUAAACAUUGAAAAUCGUAAUAAAUUUGCUCAAUCAUGUGUUGAAUUUAUUCGAAAGUAUGGCUUCGAUGGAGUUGAUAUCGAUUGGGAAUAUCCUGUAUCUGGUGGUCUACCAGGAAAUAUUCAACGACCGGAAGAUAAACAAAAUUAUGUGUUAUUACUGAAAGAACUUCGACAACAGUUAGAUGAAGCUGGUGCAGUUGAUGAAAAAACUUAUCUUUUGACUAUUGCAGCAGGAUCAAGUCCUGAACGUAUUGCUGAUAUGGAUUUACCUAAUAUGUCGACUUAUCUUGAUUGGAUUAAUGUCAUGACAUAUGAUUUUCAUGGUGGUUGGGAAGCAAAAACUGGUCAUAAUGCUCCAUUGUUCAAAAAUAAUGCUGAAACAACAACAGAUGUUCCUCCAUCAUUUAUUAAAUCAAAAUAUAAUUGUCAUGAAGCUAUUCAAGAUUAUCUCGCAGCUGGAAUACCUCGUUCGAAAUUAGUUAUGGGUCUAGGAUUAUAUGGACGUGGUUGGCAAGGAGUAAAUAGUACAAAUCUAAAUGGAUUUUCACAACCUGCUUCUACUGAAUUACCAACUGGUACAUGGGAAAAUGGAGUUUUUGAUUAUGAUCAUUUAAAAAAAAGUUAUAUACCAACAUAUAUACGUCAUUGGGAUAAUGAAUCUAAAGUACCUUUUCUUUACAAUUCAAUAACAGGUAUAUGGAUUAGUUAUGAUGAUCGUCAAUCAAUUCGAAUAAAAAGUGAUUAUAUAAAACGUGAAAAAUUAGCUGGUGCCAUGUUUUGGGAAUUAAGUACUAAUCGUAAUUAUGAAUUAAUUCAUGUUACAUUCAAAACAUUAAAUAAUGAUAUGCCAGCAUUAUCAGAAUCAAAUCCACCUAUUGAAUCAAUUUCUUCUACGAUUGAAGCUGAUUCAAUUAAUUCAACUUCUAUUGUCUCAAUAACAUCAACAGAAGAACUCAAUAGUAAUAAUAAUUCUGUUUGGGAAAUACACAAAGACUACAAAGUUGACGAUCAAGUUACAUUUGAAAAUCAAACCUAUCAAUGUAUUAUAGCACACAAAUCAUCAUCACAUUGGACACCAUUUACUAUUACUGCACUCUGGCAACCCGUUUGA